AUGGCUCCACCGACGCAGCCAACUCCGCGCCGCCUCCAAUCCCCUGCGGACCUCGCCGACGAUGCCCUCAGGGAGAUCUUCCUCCACCUCGACUCUGCCCCGGACCUUGCCCGCGCCUCCUUCGCUUGCGCCAGCUUCCGUCGCGUCAUCACAGACCACGGUUUCCUCCGCCGCUACCACGCCCUCCACCCGCCGCCGCUCCUCGGCAUCCUCGCCAGCGGCUUUAUCCCCGCGCAGCCGCCCCACACCUCCGCCAUCGCCGCCCGAGCCUUCGCCCAAGCCGACGCCGCAGACUUCUCGUUCUCCUUCCUCCCCAUUCCGCACCGCUGGCGCCGCCGCGACAGCCGCGACGGUCGCUUCCUCCUCUCCAGGGUCCCCACGGGUAGGGGAUACCGUCGCGGCGAUCUUCUCUGGAUCACGGAUCUUGCCGUCUGCGACCCUGUGCACCGGCGCUACCUCCUGCUACCGGCCAUCCCAGCCGACCUAACCGCCGCUGUCCAUCAGCCAGACAUCGUUGAUUUCGAGACCUUCCUUGCCCCUGCUGCUGAGGAUGACAAGGACACGUCAUUCAGGGUGAUCUGCUUGGCGCAAUGCGCAAUCAAGCUGGCCCUCUUCGUCUUCUCAUCUGGAGAAGGGCGAUGGCAUGCUGUUACAUUUGACGACUGGAGUGCUAUGAUUACAGGGACCGGAAACACAGCUUCAACAGGGACCGGCAAUCCUGCUUCAGGAUCAGAGUUGUCCCAACGCUACUAUGCCCACAGAUGCUUCUAUUGGUUGAUGCAUCGGAGGAACAAAUUGCUUUUGCUCAACACAAGUGGGAUGGAGUUCUCUACUGUUGAGCUCCCACAGGACUACACCGGAGAGAUUGCCAUUGUGGAGGCAGGGAAAGGAAAGGUUGGGAUGCUUUCUCUCUACAGUCUUAUUCCACAUGGCACGGUUCAUCUCUCGUAUGCCAUCUUGCAAAAUGAUGGUGAGAACGCAAACCAAUGGCAGCCUGAGGAGGUGCUCCCGUUGCCUGAGAACCAUCGCUAUGACAUUGUGGGUGUAGCUGGGGGAUAUUUGCUUCUUCAAGGGAUUCCAGAAGGCGUGUCUCUUUUACAUCCCCCAAAGAAUCCAAACUUAACCUGUUUUUCGCUGGAGGUCAAGGCAUUGCACCUUGAGUUGUUCUGUCAAACUAACCAUUCCAUCUUACAUGCUGAACUGUAUGCCGGUCACCCACCAUCUUUGUCUCCACCAAGUGUAUGA